UACUCAAGCCCCUUUAUCCUAGGAAAACGGAUAUGGUUUUCUUACCAAUCCCUUCUGUUUUCUUUUCCAAACCAUGCAGCUUCAUUUCUGUCACUGCGGUUUCUUUUUGGAUUGGUUUUCCUGACUGCGUUGGUAGUGUAUAAAUGGAGAAGACAACACUUAUCGAUGUAUCAAUCAAUUGAAGACUUCCUGCAAAUCCAGACCAACCUUUUCACAAUUAAAUACUCCUACUCUGAGAUUAGGAAGAUGACUAAUAAAUUCAAGGAAAAACUAGGUGAAGGAGCCUAUGGAACUGUCUUUAAAGGAAAGCUGCGUAGUGGUCCUUUUGUUGCAGUAAAGGUGAUGCACAAAUCUAUGACCAGUGGGCAAGAAUUUAUUGGUGAAGUUUCCACUAUUGAAAGGAUUCACCAUGUUAAUGUUGCGCAGCUCAUUGGAUUCUGCGUUGAGGGCUCCAAACGUGCUUUAGUAUAUGAGUUCAUGCUCAAUGGUUCCUUAGAUAAGUACAUAUUUCUGCAACAAGGAACUGUUUCCUUGACUUACAAGCAGAUGUUCGACAUAUCUCUUGGAGUGGCUCGUGGCAUUGACUACCUACAUCAGGGCUGCGACAUGCAGAUCCUACAUUUUGAUAUUAAGCCUCACAACAUUCUUCUUGACGAAAAUUUUAAUCCCAAAAUAUCUGACUUUGGGCUUGCAAAACUGUACUCCUCAGAUGAUAGUAUUGUGAGUAUAACUGCAGAAAGAGGGACAGUGGGUUACAUGGCUCCAGAGCUGUUUUAUACAAAUAUUGGAGGAGUUUCAUACAAAGCCGAUGUAUAUAGCUAUGGCAUGUUAUUGAUGGAAAUGGCAGGCAGAAGGAAGAACACGAGCCCAUUUGAGGACCAUUUGAGCCAAAUUUACUUUCCUACAUGGGUUUACGACCAAUUUAAUGACGGAAAUGAUAUAGAGAUGCACGCGAGUGAGGAAGAUAGGAGGUUUGUCAAGAAGAUGAUGAUUGUGGCUUUGUGGUGCAUACAAAUGAAGCCUGCUGAUCGCCCUGCCAUGAACAAAGUUGUUGAGAUGCUUGAAGGAGAUGUUGAACUCCUCCAGAUGCCACCAAGACCUUUUAUAGCUCCUCGUGACGUAUAGGUGGCUACUCACUCUGCCGUGCAAACUAUGAUCAUAAUUCCAUUAGUUUCUGAUUUAUUUCACGACGUCCAAUAUCUCUAUCAGAAGGGCUCAAUCUCAGGCCACAAGUAGUCAUUUCUGCCCCACGGUGGUGACACUAGUUCCUCCUAGGUUUUAAUGGUAAGAAUUUGAGCGUAAUCUGAUGUUUCAGUAAAAUGUCUAUUAGUUUGCUUGUUGGUGUUGUAAAUUAUUGGAACGUGUAACUGUCAAGACUCAAGCAUAGAUGCUGUUGUACAAUAAAAUUUGAGUGGAGAAAAAUAAUUAAUCGGGUAAGAAAAGUAU